AAGUGUAAGCCAGUCGCAGCAUCUCUCCUCACUGCACCAGGGCUGAGGGACUCCUCGUCCCCUCUCUUCCCUCGUUGCAGUUUUAACUCAUCUCCAUCAGUGCAGUCAUCCUUUUUAUUUUGCUUGUUUCUUUGGAUAAAUGCUUUGCUUUCUCAUUUUCUCUAUUCCAGGAUCCAAGGAUUUAUUUGUUUACAAAAAAAACUAAAACAUAGAUUGCUUUGUUGGCUGUGGCAAAGGGGGCUUUUUGCAACAGACAGCGCUUUAAACUGGGACUCCAACUGGGACUUUAUCUUGCUUUGCUGCUAGAGUGGAUCCUCCCCCUCCCUUCCUUUUGUUGAUCUUCCAGGGUUUUGGUCCGAGUGAAACAUGUACCAAACGUGGAUUAAAAGAAAAAGGAUCAUGCACAUUUCAACUUGAAUGCUCUCUUUAGAGGAGUAGUUAGUGAAGCUACGGUAGCAUCAAGUACUUGAGCAAAAGGUAAUAUGCCAGUAACAAGUUUAUUGGAUACCUGGAGAGACUGCUGAUUGAUCCUGAAACCUCUCUCUGCACGUGUGGCCACAGGAAUUGCUGAGGAGUGGAAGUGAGUGGAGCACUGAGUUCAUCAGCUGGCCUCUCGUUGCUCCUAGAGUGUCCUUUGACCAACCUGCAUUGGAUUCUGACAUUUAACACAUUUAUCUGUUCCUGGAUGUUUACGCUUUUUAUUUUGUUUUGGCAACUUGCAGUCCAGUAAAACUGAGAGGCAAGCUUGUACUUUUGGAUUUAAACCCUUUUCUGAAUGACAGAGAUGUUUUGCCACGCAUUGUCUGACCAAAUACUAGAGAUGCCUUAUAAACAGAUUGUCCCCACACAGCCACAUGAGCUGAAAGAGCUGUGAUAAUAUCUCCUGCGGACAUCUCCCUGUUAUUGUAGCCUGUCUGUGUUUUGAUUUAGACAAUAGCUGGGCAUACAUGGGCUCCAGACGCUGACAAGAGGACCACCAAAAUAAGGGACUACUGUUCAAUCACCCACCACAAGCUGAAACUUUGUAUUGCAUAUAAGGUUUCUAAAUAAUUCUUGAUAAUAUUUUUUUCUUUUUUUUUUUGGUUUGGAAGAGUAUCGACAGGAGGAAGCAUUGCUUAGAGUUUCGUCCCUUAACCUUGUGUGGUUUCCUUCCGCACAUCCUCUCUGCUCUCUGCCCCUGUGGUGAGGGCUUAAAAUCUCCAGCCUCCUGGUGGCUGCUCUCAUUAAAAUCAUGCAACGAGGCCGUGGACCCAGACACUGAACCAGCAGGGAAACUCGCCUCAUUGAGCGAUGCUGGUAGUGGGGAAUAAUAAUACCCCACAUUAGGUGAAAUAAUUUUUCCUACCCCAAAGAUGUCCAUCAACUGCUCCCACCAGCCAUGUAUUGUUUAAAAGAAGAGGCAAAUAAGUUGCCGUCGUGUCGCACAGACUGUACGGAUUUUCUUCCUGUCGGUGUUCAGUUAUAGAGAUGCAGCUAUGAGGGUCUGCUAAGCAAAAGCAUGAGUGUGCCUAAGAGAAUAAUACGUUUUUUGAACUGAGAAGGGAAGAACCAGAGGUGCACAGCGGUUCUCCACUCUCAAGUCAACUUCCUUAUGGGUGGCAAAUCUCACAGCUGACCCAACUACAGCAAGAAAAUGAACCACUCUGAACUGACAACCGAUCCCAUGCUCACUGCCAACAGCAGCAAUGGAGAUGUGCUUCGUGGUUGGGUCUCCAACCACUCCUGUCCUUUAGGAUUGGGGUUUAAGGAAGGUGUGGAGGCUUGUAUUUUGGAGACUGCAGUCAUCGUGCUCUUGACAGCCCUUAUUAUUGUCGGUAACCUGACGGUGAUUUUUGUGUUUCACUGUGCGCCUUUGCUGCAUCACUACACUACAAGCUACUUCAUCCAGACUAUGGCCUAUGCUGACUUGCUGGUUGGUCUCAGUUGCCUUGUUCCCACCUUGUCUCUGCUACACUACCCGGCAGGUGUCCAGGAACCAAUCACGUGCCAGGUUUUCAGCUACGUCAUCUCUGUUCUGAAGAGUGUCUCAAUGGCUUGUUUGGCCUGCAUCAGUGUGGAUCGCUACCUAGCCAUAACUAAACCGCUAUCAUACAACCAACUAGUGACACCAUGCCGGCUGCGAGGUUGCAUCGCCCUCAUUUGGGUCUAUUCCAGCCUGGUUUUCUUGCCCUCUUUCUUUGGUUGGGGUAAGCCAGGAUAUCAUGGGGAUAUAUUUGCAUGGUGUGCUCAUUCUUGGCCCACCUCGGCCAUAUUCACAGGCUUUGUGGUGUGCUUUCUUUAUGCACCCGCUGCUCUUGUUGUGUGUUUUACCUAUUACCACAUCUUUCGUAUCUGCCAACAACACAACAGAGAGAUCAGCGAACGGAGAGCACGAUUCCCCAGCCAAGAGAUGGAGCCCGGAGAGGGGAACGGAAGUGGGCACCAUGGAGGUCAUGGACCAGAUCGACGCUAUGCGAUGGUGUUAUUCCGAAUCACAAGUGUUUUCUACAUGCUUUGGCUUCCUUACAUUAUAUAUUUUCUUCUAGAGAGUUCCCAUGUGUUAGAUAUCCCCGCCCUGUCCUUCAUCACCACGUGGCUGGCUAUUAGCAAUAGCUUCUGCAACUGUGUCAUUUAUAGUCUGUCGAACAGUGUGUUUCGCUUGGGCAUGCGCAGACUUUCACAGACUAUGUGCUCUUUCAGCCACUGUGGUGCAGAUGAAAAGGAUUUUGGGGAGCCUAAACCAAGAAAAAGAGCAAACUCAUGCUCCAUCUGAGGGACCGGCCGCUUUAUUAAUGGGGUUAAGAUUCCUGUUUGUUAAUUUUCAGUUGAAGAGCUGAAAAGAGGCUUGUGUUUUGUCAAGGGUUCAGGUGAAUCUAAUAAUGUGGCUUGCUCAGAGAAAAAAUGGUGACUGGGCUUUUCAAGGAGACGAAUACAGUGUCUAGACAGAGAAUAUUAAUGAGAGAUGGGCUUUCUGUGAUGGAUUUUAUUAUAGUGCAUCAAAGAGGCUUACACGCGCCUUUACAUUAAAACAAAUACUUUAUUUCUGCCAGAUCAGGCCAAGUGGGAAAACAAAAUUUCAGUAUGGAAGAUUAUACAUCAUCUGAUAUCUAAUGUGACCUUAAUACCUGUCAAACUCUCAUUUGUACUUGUGAGGUUUUCAUCAUUUGUCUUGUCAUCCAUUUAUUAAUGCCCAAAAUACAGUAUAAAGUUCUUUAUUGAUAUUUUACAUUAUAAAAACACUAAAAGUAACCAUGACAACAGCUGCUAAUGAAUAUUACAGUAAACGACAAUGACUGUUUAUGCUUCUUUAUUUAGUCGUUGAGGAAAAUAGCAUUUUUUACUCAAAUUUGUUUUAUGUAGAAGAGGAAUUAAAGAUAUUGGUGUCAGUUGGUUUUUCCUUCAUCUAGCACUGGUCUGACUGUUGAGAUUAGCGCCUUAAAAAAUUUAUUGAUUCUAGAUAUAUCUGAUUAAUUUCCAUAAUUUUUUUAUCGGAUAAAAAAGAAAAAUACAUUUUUCUAAAUACAAGGACUCGAGGCUGUUUAACUUUUUUUUGGGUGUUUGAGUGAUGAUGACUGUGUCAAAGAUGGUGGUAGAAGUUUAAAAAUUGAUAUUAUCUGUUAAACUGUGCUUUAAGUAGUCCUCUUAAUAGCACUUUAUGGGGGUUUUACCGACACUCUUUUAAUGCAAUAAAAUGGAAAAGAUUCAUGAAACAUCAAAAAUAAUAAGCUUACAUAUUUUUAUCUGCAAGGUUUGUGAACGGUAAAACAAACUAAAACUGAUUUGAUUUCGCUCAUGCCUAGUUAAAAAUAUUAAUAGUUUAGCAAAAAGCAGAUAACUAAUAAUACAAUUAGAGUGCUUUACCACACUCCAAUCUUUUUAGUCUGAUACUUGUAAUUUCUUAAAGACUAAAGUUUAUCUUUGCUUUCACUUCAUUUACCUUGAUGACUGUGUUGUCACAGUUGGUUUAUUAAUACAGACUGUGGUACGUAGCGAAAAUAUUUCUGUCCUUCAACCUUUCUUCAUAUUUCAUAGUGUAACAACCAUUGAACGAAUGAACUAACAGAUACAAAGGGGGGCAUAAUGGUGAACUGGAGGAAAUAUGAAGUGUUGAGUGCAUUUGCACUCAGCCCUCCUGAGUCAAUACUUUGUAGAGUAAAACAUUUGCUGCAAUUAGAGCUGCAUAUCAUUUAAGGUUUGUCUCUAUCAGUCUUAUACAGUUAGAGACUCAAGAUUGUGCCUGUUGUUCUCUGCAGAAUAACUUACACCCAGUCUUCUGAUUGGAGAUUGUCUCUAAACAUAAUUUAAUUCAUGCCACAAUCUUUAUUGAGUUAAGGUCUGGUCUUGCUGGGCCUUAAUGCCAUUUAAAGAAUACUUAGAUCUACAUGGAAAUGCCAUCAGUUUUCCAGUUUAGGGUCUAUGACCUUCUAGUCGGUGAACUGCCCCAAGUCUAAAAUCUUUUCCCUCCUCAACUUGGUUGUAUUGCUGUAUUUACCUCCCUCCAUCUGCCCCUAAACUGUAAAGAGCUUUACUGUCCCCCCUACCAUCUGUCAUCCAUGGUUGGUAUGGUGAAUUUAGGGUGUGUCCUGCCAGACGGUGGGUUUUGCUUGUGGGCUAGAAUGUUCAAUCCUGGUCUCUUAUGCUGAGGCCUCAUUCUUCCUGUGUUUGCCCUUUUUUCUACUUAGUUGUUUAUAGUCUCUAAACUGUUUGUUGCUUUUUACCAUAAAGAACAUUUUUAUUUCCUCUUAUAUAAAGCCCAGACUGUAAACAGAUUUUUCCAACCUGAGCUGGACGUCUGUGCAGCUCCUCCAGAGCUCCAACCGAGCCUCUUAGCUGAUCACUAACAAACCUCUGACUUUAACUGUAUUCUUACAGUGUUUAAAAUUUAGCGCAGCCCAUUUAGUAAUAGCUAAGUGAUGUCUAAAGCCAAAUAGCUGGAUUAAAUUUAGAGGUAUUCUGCCAAUACUUUUAAAGAUGUGGUAUGUCUCCCUGUCCUUUGAUGUUACAAUCAUUCUCUAGCUUGUGUUGGUAUGUUAACUAAUAUCCCUCCCAAAAGAUUAUUAUCUUAGUUUAAACAUGUCAAAAUGGUUAAAGAGUUGGUGGAUUUAAAGUCAUGGAUUGGGGCUGCAUACGGAGAUUUAAACAAGUGAAAACUUAAAAUUAAUUUUGAUUCUCAUCAUGAAUGAACAAAAUUAUUCAAUUUUCAGCCCCGAUCAGAUGAUUCCUGUAAAAGAAUAAUCGAUGUAUUCAAUAAAAGACACUCCUUAGUUAUAACAUUUUGACCACUGUGUUCACACAGUGGUUCUUUUUGUAAGGUGUUUGUUAUAUCAGGCAGACACGAGAGCACAUCACUCCCGUUAAGAUUAUGGCUCACCUAGUGCUGCUCUGUGCAGCUCAAGCAGCGUGUUCCUUGGUUUGAAGCUGCAGCAGGUGGUUUCUGACCUCUAGGAGGCAAAACACCUUCUGCAUAAAAAAAUGAUUUUUUUUUUUAAGUUGAAAAGCAGUUAAGAAGUCAGCUUCAAUUUUUCUUCCUCACUUUGGAAAUAAGUGUGACUUUGUUUUUAGCCAAGAUUUGGUAAACCUUAAUUUUUAAGGACAACAUUCCUGAUUCAUGUAGCUUAAAUAUGUGCUCUGCUACCCUCAUCUGUCUAACAUUUAGAUGUUUUAUCCUGAGUUGCUACAAAAAUUCUUUCAUGCAGCUGUUUUGCAGUAGACGUUGUUCUGCUCAUGUGCCUAAAAUAUUUUGUAGGAAAUAGAUAUUUGGAAAUGAUGAACAUGAAAUGCUGCAUUUUGAAAACCAUACAUUCCUUCCUACACUGUACAUAUUUAAGGGUCAUUGCACUCUCUUUGCUAUGACUGCGAAAACUACAAUGAUGACCACUUGAAAAAUUAGAGGUUUGAGUUGAUUAUUGAUGAAUCAAUUCUCUCUGUAUCCAUUUGUAGUAGAUUUCCCUUCUGUAGCUAUGCUGUCUGGUCAAUGUAAGAACAAAAAAGGGAAACACCAAAAUAAUCAAGUCAACUGUUAUGCUUUUGUUUUUCUUUUUCCUUUUUUUUUUCUUCGUACAGAUGGAUUUGAGGUGAAAAUUAGAUGAAAUAGAGCAAAUGUGCAGAUCCUGUAUAAUUUUCACAAUGUGGAAAAGCUCAUUAAACAGAAAGUAACCUUUAAAAUAUCCUAAUAGAGCUCCAACAUAACAGAAUAGUCUUUUUUUUUUUUUGAGGUUGAUUUAUUGGGCUGCAUUUGCAGUUUAUUCUUAAUUUAGAUUUUUUUUUUUUUCAGGAUUCAUAGAAGAUAUCAAUGAGCCAUUUGGUGAAUAUCGAAAAAACAUAAAUAAAUAAAUGUUUCUGUAUGGCACUGGCCAAACUGCAGUGAUAGCAAGUCAAAAACUAUAUCUUGAUGUAAACAAGUCCUCUUGAUUUAAAGUGCAUUGAUAGAAACAUUUGCACAAGAAUAUAAAUUAGAGGUUGAUAGAUAUUUAUUUAUAAAGUGGUUUAUAAAUAUUUACACAAAAUACUGUAUAUGGGAAUAAUAUAUGUAAAGUGUGAGUACCUUGUUUUUACUCUGCUGUGACCCUCACCUUUCAAAAAGAGAUAAAACAAGGCAUUGUUCAUGCAUCUAUUUGUGUUAAAAACUAUAGGCUGCUGCUGUCUUGAGUAGAAGGUGAGUUUGUUAAAUUACACAAUAUAUAUUUUUUUAUUUUGAAACUGUGUCAAAGGCUAUGGUUUUGUUGUUGCCGCCAAACCAAAUAAAGGUUAAAAUAGUUGACGUACACACUCCA